CGAAUAAAUACGUUAUACUUGCUUUGUUAUAUCUGUUAGUCAUACACAUCUAUACUCAUAGAGUUAUAUAGUUUGACCAGAUUGACAACAUCAUGGUGUCCCUGUCCGGAAACUCUGUGUAUCCCCACGAUGUCCUCACUGUGUUGUUCUGUCUGCUGACAGUAUCCCAGGCGUACGUUAAUGUCGCCCUCAACAAACCAGCAUACCAACCGUACUCUACAGGUAUGGACAGAUAUGACGCCAGUAACGCUGUAGAUGGACGUAAAUCAGACCUGAGUAGUGGUGGAGGUCAAUGUGCUGUAUCAUACGAUAAACAAACCGCCACCUGGUGGGUGAACCUGACAACCAUCCACAGCAUCAACCACAUCACCAUCUACUUCAGGACGGACAAUCAACCAUGGGGUCCCUCUAAUGGGCUCACUAAGUAUUUCCUUGGAUUCUCUGUGUACGUCUCCAAUACAACAGACAGACUACAGGGAACACUGUGUUACAAGGACGACAACUUUACACCAGACACCAUACCUGCUGUCUUCAACACCUCCUGUCCUGUACAUAGACAGUACGUCAUCUACUACAACGAGAGACUACCAGGAGUUACCUACCCUGACGGUUACUCUGACACUGUUGCCACUGACCUCUGUGAAGUGGAGGUGUAUGGGUGUCCUGCUACGGGUUAUUUUGGGUCCAACUGUUCCGUUCCCUGUCCAGACGUUAACUGUCAGUACUGUCACAUAGAGAUGGGCACCUGCCAGGGCUGUAAACCUGGAUACAAAGGUCACCGAUGUGAAAUAACUUGUGAAAGGGGAACAUAUGGUGCUGGUUGCAAAGACACAUGUGGACACUGCCGUGAAGUAAACCAGUGCUCCAUCAACAAUGGGACUUGCUUAACUGGGUGUGAUGCUGGUUUUAAAGGAGACUUGUGUAAAACUACUUGUGACAGAGGGUCGUAUGGCUACGACUGCAAAGAAACAUGUGGACAUUGUCGUGACAGAUACCAGUGUUCCAACAUCAAUGGAUGGUGUCAGACUGGAUGUGAACCUGGUUAUCAAGGAGACUUGUGUAAAACAUCAUGUGACAGAGGGUCGUAUGGUUCUGAAUGCAAUGAAACAUGUGGACAUUGUCGUGACGUAGACCAUUGUUCCAAUAUUAAUGGGACGUGUUCGACAGAAUGUGGUGCUGAUUAUCAAGGAGACUUGUGUAAAACUCUUUGCCCUGUUGGAUAUUUUGGAGAAGACUGUUCUAACACAUGUAUCAACAGUUAUACCUGCGAUGGUUGUAGCGAUGUCAGUGGUUCAUGUGAUUAUGGCUGCCGUCCUGGCUGGAUAGGAUACUUCUGUCAAAAAAGUACAUAUUCUAUUUAUUUUAUUUUUUAUUCAUGGUAUGGUAAUCAGAGAUUUAAUAAUUGAUUAUUAAUUAUCGAAAUAGUAUUCAAAAUAUUACAUUAGACAUUUGUUUUGAAAUAUGAGGCUUGGCUUAUAAAUUGUAUAUUUUCAAGUUUACCUCAAAGUAACAAUAACCCAUAUAAAUUAAAAAAUGUGCCAACGAAUGACCACGUUGAUCAUUUAAUGUGUACCAAGUUGUACUAAUGUGGGUACAUCAGAAGCCAACAAUAGGUUAGUGUUUACAUUUUUCUUGUAAAAUAAGUAAAGAAUUAUUUUAGACAACACACACAGUCAAUAUAACAGUAAAACAGAUAUGUAUUUUUAAGAAAAUCAUAAACUUAAUUUGCGUAAAAAUAGAUAUACACUCGCCGUAGUUCUGAAGAGAGAAGUAAUGGCAACGCAAGUAAGUAUGAAUAUGUGAUGUUUUGCAGUUUUUCUCUUAAAAUUACACACCUAUUAUUUUAAUCUUUAGGCAAUGUUUUAUUCUCUAAAAUAAGUAUUGAAUAUGAUCGUUAUAUAAAAUUUGUAUUAAUGUUAAAUGAAACCCUGUCAUCGCGUUGGUGUUUAAAGCAACUCGGCUACUGAAAAACAACGUGGAAUAAUGCACUCGGUGUACCAGGGUAAGUAGUAACUUUGCUUAUCGAAUCUAUAUCAUAUAAUGCUGCCAUUUAUUGAAAUUGUAAUUUUGUGAAUUGUUCACAAAUCCGGCUGUUCUAAUAUUUGUAAAAACAAACAAACACGUAUAAGUGUGUUUAUACUUUAAAGUUGUUUCUUUAAUAUAAAUGAAAUAAAAAUGUUUGUAAGUCAUCCAGUGUUGAUGAGUUAUAACCUAAAUGUAAGUUUGUUUUGAAACUUUGUAAAUGUAUUAUGACACUUUAAAUAUAUUUCUUUGUCAUUUGUCAUUUCCUCUCUAAAGUUAAGUAUAUUUUACAAUUAAACUAUUUGUCAAAACAGGAAUAGGACUGGAAGGGGGAGAUGUCAACUACUCGUCAGAACAGGAAUAUGACACGAGGGGAGAGAACUGCUUAUAUGGUCUAAUGUCGUGAAGAAGACAGAAAAUGGUGUGAAAAGUGAACAUAUCCGAUUUGCUACAUAUUGUAGGACAUUAUUAUUUUGUAAAAAUAAAAUGUUUUAAAGUGUUGGACUAAGUUAUUGCAAUGUUUAAGACGGAACAAAUGGAGCUCCAGCAGCUAGAAAACAUUUUAGGUUAUUGAUGUUUUUGAAAGCAUAACGUGACUAUUAAAAACAUCCCGUAAGACGAUUCAUAGACGGGUGUUUCCAAACAUACAGAGGAAUGCUUAUUGAAAUAUUGAUAUCUUCUUGUUGACCUUUAUUUUAGCUUUCACUGUAUUUUGCCUAUAAAUAAAACAAGGCAAUGGAGGUCAGAUAUCAGAUAACAUCUGGAGAAAGAAAGAAGACUGAAAAGAAUUGAAUUAACAUUGUUGUCGCCAUCGAUCAUCAUAAGGGGCGUGUUCUAUUGCAAGGCCAAAUGCAUUUACCGAGACUGGAGAGGGCAAAUGAAACUUAACACAUGGUCGUGUCAAAUAAUACCCGGAUGUCAUUCUCGAAAUGUCAACUGGAAUAAAGACCUGACUGCUAAAUGUAUUAACCACCGGCAGAUGCAUCCCAAUCAUUUGUAGGAAUCCCUCUUGUACUCAAAGAACUUAUGCCUUUACCUGGACACAACUACUGAUCUGUGAACUUAAACAGUUUUUAAAGCAAUUACAAAAACAGAAUGUUUCCUAAUCGAUGUAGACAUUACAUUGUAUUUCUUUAACUGUAAACUGUAGCAGUUUUUAAAAUAAUUACAAAAAAAUAUAUGGUUGUGUAAUAAUGAACAGAAUGUUUCCUAAUCGAUGUAGACAUUACAUUGUAUUUCUCUCAUCAUGAUUAGUUUAAGAAUAGCUGUAAAUAAUCUUUGAAAACGGCGUUGCAUUAAUAACAUUUGCAGACUUCCCAUUUUAUGACAUUCUCGUAAUAAAAUGAAUGAUUGUACAGAAAACGUGUUUAUCUGUAUAUAAAACAUAGUAUUAAAACCCUUGUAACACCGGAGCUGCGUCUUCAUGGCGAUACCGACGCGUCCUUAAAUAAUGUAGAUCAUCACGCAGUACACGCAGUAGAGUCUACUUCAGCGCCGUAACAAUGCAACGGCAUCUUCAUUUGCACCUUAACGAGGCCGAGUACAGAACGAGUACGCACGCUUUCGUGCAGCGUUUCAUUUGUAUUGUGACGUCAUCUUUUUGCUUGGUUGACGCCAUGGCGUUAUAGUUUCAACUGCAGAUAUUCAGCGAAAAUUGUAGAAAAUAUCUCGUUUGAUCCGUAAAAAUAAUGUUAUAUUGUGGAAUAAACAUAAAUAUCUCGAAGUAUAAGCUAUAUUAGGGCUCGGGUAGAAAACAUAAAGAGGGUUCAGCAAGCCUAGCCCUUCUGUCACGUUUUCUUAACCCACCUAAAUAUAGCUUAAUUCAUAUAUUUCAAGACAGUAACCAUGUAUUUUAUAUUAAUCACCCUUAAUAUGUGAUGUUAUAUAUUUUUUUAUUACUUAGAUAUGUCUGAAUGUUUUAAUAAUAUUAAGAAGAUCACAUUUUCCGCCUUUGUCAAAUAAAAAAUAGCCAUUAUCUGACGAAUCUGGGAAAUUGGGCAUACAAAAAUCAACUUUGAUAAGACCCCUGGAACAAACCAGGAGGUAAAACGUUUUUUUUAUUUGACAAUUUGAUGCCUUUUAGCAAUAACUUAAAUAUGUAGAACAGAAAAAGAAAACCCUAGGGCAGAAGUUUUGAAAAAAUGUAAAAAAUAUGCAAAAUUGAUACAUUUCAAGCCAAAUCCCAUAGGGUCCUAUGUUAAAGACGAACAAACUUUGAGAUGACCCCCUAAACAAACAGUGUGGUAAAUGUCUUAUUUUUAAAUCUUAAAAUAAUAAUUAUAUCAGUAGAAAUUCAUGUAAAAAGUUUCAUCCAAAAAUCUAGGGCAGAACAAAUUAGACCCGGCUUCGUUAAGAACUCAAACCCCGCCACAAUAGCUCUGUUGGCGCGCUCAAGGAACGCAGCCAUUCGCAGUGUAGACGCUGUGAUCAGUUGAUUGCACUUGCACGAAGACCCCGUUCAUUGCGCUCUCUUGACGUUUCCUCUGCGUUUAUACCGCGCUUGAAAUUGCGCUAGUGCAAUGUCAACCAGACUACGAAAAUUUGAAUAACGGCUGUUGUACAAAAGCUAGCGAUGUAGUAAUCUUAAACUUGAUGUCGAUGAGUGUUGAAAAAGGAGACUUUGCGAAUAUUCCAGGACCUAUUGGAAGGCGUAGAUCGAAUUCAUGUUUUGUUCUGAUGUUUUCACUUUUUUUUCCAACAACUAAUAACGGUAUUUUUGUAGACCUGUUUACUAGGAUGUGUGUCUUUCACAAAUUAUUUAGAAAGUAGUUACGUUUCAAUUUACGAGGUACCUUAUUUUGUCAAAACAAAAACAUAUUUUUAUCAUUCAUUUACCAGUUGUAAAGUGUAAAGACCGCUUGGCGGAUACUCAGCGAGACCACAAUCAAUCGCCAAGUAGAAAUCUGUGGAAACACAGUUACACGCCGCGGGAGUUCAGUAGAAACCCCUCAGUCGUCGUCAGGACGCCGUGACAUUUUUAUUCGUAAAAAAUUCUGAUAAAAUUAAACAUUAUUUUUUCUGAAUUUGGUUUGCGAUCCUUCGGCGAUUCCAUGAAUUUUACAACGAUGUUAAUACGCUGUGGAACGGCAACUAUGUUUGACAGGGUUUUAAUAUAGUUGAUCUUAAAAUUAUCUUUACUAAAAGCACUGAAUGUUGAUAUAAUAUUUUAUAACAAUUACGCUUUUUUAAAAAUCAGUUUUGUUUGUGUUUUAUUUCUUUUUUUAAAGUUUGCAUUGUCCACUUCAUUCCGAUGUAUGAUUUGUUUUUUAAUUUGAAAGUUCUGUUCUUAUCAAAACAUAUUUUAGAAAGCUGUGGAUAUCUUCACCGGUAGUUCCGUAUUUAAUUAUUAACAUUGUUGAGAUACAUAUAUAAUCAGCUAUUGUAUGUUUUCAUAUGAUAAUUGGUUGCUUUGUUUGUGUUGUGACUUCAGAGCUCGCUAAUUACAGUAUUAAAAGUAUCGUUUGCGAGGAAAGAGUCGCCGGAAUAUUGGAGGAGGAGGAAUCUCCUGGAAUUUCUGUAAUUUGUCACGGGGUUUCUGACAAAGAACUGUUUAAACAUGCGAUGUGUGUUGUCUGUAAAAUGGCUAUAGACUUGUGACCGGCCUGUGGGAGUACCGUCCAUUUAACUGCCCCGUGUAAUCGUAACAAUCAGCUCCGAUCAGUCGAGUAUAUGUUGAAAUGUGUUUAGAUAAAUUAUUAUUAUUACUAUUUUGUAAAUA